AUGGUUUUUGUAUCUCAACAACUGCAUGCUCGUUCACCAAAGUUUUGCGACAUCCCGGCGGCUCUGGAACGACUAUUUAUUUCACUUGUUGUUGCGGGGUAUUUUGCCAAAACGAGUGGAUGUAUCGUAUUUCCAAUACAAGGCAUUGCAAAAGAUUCUCUGUUAGAUUAUUGGUUACAAAAAGCCUCUACGAGCUCACAAAUGCUGGAAUUAGUGCAGUUUAAUACUAUUUGA